CAACCAGUAUACAGCUGUUCGUCCGCCUUCGAUGUAGCAUUUUUUUGGAGAAAAACAGUAGUGCUCCGAAAGCGAUAACGAUUGCAUCGAAUUCACGAGAUUGCGUUUGUCCGUCAUUAGAUAUAAACUAGUUGAAUUUUACGUGAAAACGUGAGACCAGAACGAAUGAAUAUAGUUAUUCAGCGGUGAAUGAACGUGUAUAAUGCAUUGUUACCGUUGGAUGUCUUGAAUGACAGUCGCUCGAGGGGUCGAAUCGUUAACCUGAAUAAUCUAUGCGGGACUACGAAGGCGUAUUUACUUAGUAUAACGAUGCCGUUUUGAGGGACGACUUGAGAUGCAAGGCAAGAAGUAUUUUUGAUUUGCGUUUCCUGGCUGGAUUGAAUGCGAAGAAUCCGUGGCGGCUGAUACUUCGAAUCUUGUGCUUGAAAAUGUCAUCUGAAGGUCCAUCAGAGGGUGUUUCUAACGCCUCGAUAAGGCUCUACAAUCUCAGGCUUAACCACGAGGAAGCCGAAGAGGCAGCUGGUGGUGGAGCUGAAGCUGAGAAUGCUGAGGUCUUCAACGAUUCGCCGCAGAACAUGCAGCCAGUAGGUACCAUCAUGCUGAAUCGAGCCAGGCGAGCCCUUACAUUUUCCUGCGACGAGGAACAACCAUCUACCAGUGCCCGAAGUGGAGAGCAACCAUCUACCUCUAACUGUGAUAAUAGACCACCAAGUAAUUCAACAAAUAAUACAAGACCGGAAGCAAGGGCACGUACCAGCAUUCCACUAGAGAAUGGACAGUCUAAUUUUCCUAUAUCUUCUACGUACAAUUGGCAAGGAAGUAAAGCAACCAUGCGUGAAAGAUUCACAUUCCUCUUCAACAACGAGAUACUGUCGGAUGUUAAAUUCAGAGUGGGAAGAGGCACUCAGCAACGUGUUAUUCCAGCUCACAAACUAGUCCUUUCUUCUGGUAGUGCCGUAUUCGAUGCCAUGUUUAAUGGAACUCUGGCCACAUUGUCCAACGAAAUUGAAGUACCUGAUGUAGAACCAGAAACAUUUUUGGCUGUGCUUCUGUUUCUAUAUACUGAUGAAAUAUUAAUUAAUCCUGAUACUGUUAUGACGACUUUAUAUACAGCAAAGAAAUACGCGGUGUCUUCAUUAGAGAAGCAUUGCGUCGAUUAUUUAAGAAGCAAUUUGACAACAGACAAUGCCUUUUUGCUUCUUGCACAAGCUCGACUGUUCGAUGAGCCUCAACUUGCCGCUGUAUGUCUUGAUACAAUUGAUAAAUUUACCACUGAUGCAUUAAGCGCAGAUGGCUUCACUGACAUUGACAUUGAAACUUUGAUAACCGUUUUGGAGCGCGACACUCUUCGCGUUAGAGAAUUGAAGAUAUUUCAAGCAGUAGUCAGAUGGUCGGAAGCCGAAUGCGUUAGACAACAGUUACCUGUAACACCAGAUAAUCAGAGAUCUGUCUUGGGAAAAGCUAUUUCUCUGGUACGUUUUCCAUUGAUGUCUAUGGAAGAAUUUGCGACUGGUCCAGCGCAAUCUGGAUUAUUAACUGAUAGAGAGAUCGUCUCAAUAUUCUUAUACUUUACUCUUAAUCCUAAACCGCGAGUCGGAUUUGAGGCCAUGCCGCGGUGUCUUAUGAUGGGCAAGGAACAGACAGUUUGUCGUUUUCAACAAACUGAAAAUAGAUGGGGUUACAAUGGUAACAGCGAUCGAAUAAGGUUCAACGUCGAUAGAAGAAUAUUUUUGGUCGGGUAUGGAGUUUAUGGCAGCGUGUUUGGUCCAGCGGAAUACGACGUCGUUAUCGAAUUGAUUCACACCGCUUCAGGAAAAGUUAUUGCUAAGAAUUCAACGAGUUUUAGUAGUGAUGGAUCUAAUUAUACUUAUCGCUUAAUAUUCAAAGAGCCAGUAGAAAUUCUACAAAACACUAAUUACACGGCUUCAGCAACGUUUGAUGGCCCAGACUCACAUUAUGGAACGAAAGGACUGAAAAGAGUGACUGUGGAUUUGGGAUCGAAACACGGUCAAGUGAAAUUUUUAUUUAAUUACGUAGCUGGUGAUAAUAACGGAACGUCAAUUGAAGGUGGACAAAUUCCUGAACUCAUUUUCUAUACAUAAAAUUAUGACUGUAUGUUUAAGGUGCAUUCCUUUUGAGUAUUUUGUGGCUUGUCGAACAAUCGAAUAGUUGAUCUAUACCACAAAUUGUACAUUAAGUUUUAACUGUCAAAAUGUAUACAAUCAUGUGAUAUUCCAAAUAUUACUAUACAUAUUCACUGUAAAGAUAUUUGAUGCCAAAUUGGAAACAGUGAUCCUGUCAUGAACGGGUAUAGUUCAUUUUGAGAAAAUUGUAUCAUAUUAAUUAUGUUCCAUUCGUUAUCAGUACACAAAAAUAUUUAAAUGAAAAAUAGGAUACCGAGCAUUGUCAUUCAAAAUGCUAUAUUAUGUCAAUUUGUUGUUGCACUGGAAAUAAUCUUUUUAGUUGUAAAAGCAACCAACGCUUUGAUUGCCCAGUUCCAAUUUGUAUUUGGCUUCAAAUUUUUACAAUGUUAUUAAUAUAAACAUAGUAAAGAAAUCAAUAAAUCUAACUAACAAGAAUUUUAGAAAUAAUACAUUACUGAAUUGUUCUUA